CUAUCUUCUGUUCUGUUCAUCUUCUUUCUUGCAUAAAUAAAUAGCUGUAUUUCUCUUACUUUCCUUAUUCAUAAUUUAAUUUAAUUUAAUAUAUGCAGAUCUUUUUAUAUAUUGAAUUAAUGUGAAGCUGCUUCUUUAAAAAGGGGAAAAAAAAAAAACUCACAAGCAUCUUCUUGAUUUCUUUAAUGGUAGAAAACAAACAACACUCUGCUAAUUCUUUAUUUUGACAUCACUAGAAAUAUUUUAGUGUUAAAAAUAAACAAGAACACUACUAGGUGAAGUGGGUGUAGCUGUGUUCUUUGAUAUAUUUUUUUAGUUGUUUUGCUUGUAUGAGUUGGUCUGUAUGUAUAUGUACAUAUUUUUGUGAAUUUUUUUGACGGGAUGUAAAUGGGGUCUCUUGAAAAUGGGGUUUCUUUGAAGAAAGAUCAGAACUUGCUUCGUUCUUCAUCAGCAACUGGGAGGAAUGUAUUUGGUCAAAGACAAGUCAGAUCGAGAUUUGCAAGAUUCUUGUUUGUUAAGAAGAUUAAUUAUUUACAAUGGAUUUGUACUGUGGCUGUGUUCUUCUUCUUUGUUGUUCUCUUCCAGAUGCUCUUGCCUGGUUCUGUGAUGGAAAAAUCUGGGAAUUUAACUCAAGAUAGUGAAGUGGGGUAUGGGGAUUUGGCUUUAUUGAAAGAGUUGGGGGGUUUGGAUUUUGGGGAAGAUAUCAAGUUUGAACCUUUGAAGCUUCUAGCUAAGUUUCAUGAUGAGGCUGUGGAGGCCAAUGGAAUUGUUGCUUCAAGGACUGUUGUUAGAUUUGGUUAUAGAAAACCUAAGCUGGCUUUGGUAUUUGCAAAUUUGUUGGUUGAUCCAUAUCAAAUAAUGAUGGUUAACGUUGCAGCUGCAUUACGGGAGAUUGGCUAUGAAAUUGAGGUACUCUCACUUGAAGAUGGUCCAGUGAGGUCCAUUUGGAAAGAUAUAGGAGUUCCAGUCAUCAUCAUGAACACAGAUGGGCAUACAAAGAUCUCCUUAGAUUGGCUAAACUAUGAUGGCCUACUUGUGAACUCUCUUGAAGCUGUCAAUGUCUUGUCUUGUGUAAUGCAGGAGCCUUUCAAGAAUGUACCUCUGGUAUGGACUAUUAAUGAACUUACACUUGCUUCUCGGUUGAAGCAAUAUAUUUCCAGUGGGCAGAAUGAUUUUGUGGACAACUGGAGAAAAGUCUUCAGUCGUGCCAAUGUUGUGGUCUUCCCAAACUACAUCCUUCCGAUAGGUUAUUCAGUGUGCGAUGCUGGAAACUACUUUGUCAUUCCGGGUUCUCCUAAAGAAGCGUGGGAAGUUGAUACCUUCAUGGCUGUAUCCAAUGAUAAUUUACGAGCCAAGAUGGACUAUGCACCUGAAGAUUUUGUUAUUGUGGUUGUGGGGAGUCAGCUUUUAUAUAAAGGCCUCUGGCUAGAACAAUCCCUUGUUUUACAAGCUUUAUUACCUGUUUUUCCUGAAUUAACAAAUGAUGGCAAUUCAAAUUCCCGUUUCAAGAUUGUUGUACUGACAGAGGGUUCAAAUACCAACUACAGUGUAGCUGUGGAGGCUAUUGCGCGGAACCUAAGAUAUCCCGAGGGAAUGGUGAAGCACAUUGCUCCUGCCGAAGAUACAGAGAGAACUUUGAGUGUGGCUGACCUUGUUAUAUAUGCAUCUUUCCGUGAGGAGCAAUCUUUUCCAAACACUUUGGUAAAGGCAAUGUACUUGGGGAAACCUAUAGUAGCUCCAGAUCUACCAAUGAUAAAGAAAUAUGUCGAUGAUAGGGUAAACGGCUACCUUUUUCCCAAAGAAAAUGUCAACGUUUUAGCACAGAUCAUGUUGCAAGUAGUAUCAAAUGGUGAACUGUCCCUUUUUGCCCGCAAGGCUGCUUCAGUUGGACAAAGUGCUGCAAGGAACCUUAUGGUUUCAGAAAGUGUGGAAGGGUAUGCUCAGUUAUUGGAGAACAUUCUCGGAUUUCCAUCCGAAGUUGCAUAUCCCAAGGCUGUCACUGAAAUUUCUGAAAAACCAAAAGCAGAAUGGCAAUGGCAACUUUUUGAAGCAAUCGAGACAAAAUAUUCUCAGAACAACAGUUUGAAGACCUCAAAAUAUUUGAAUGAGUUUGAAAGGCAAUGGAAUCCGACCCAAAGAGAGGGUUCUGCAGCUGUGGUGGAAAAGAAUGAGGACUUUUUGUACAGCAUUUGGGAGGAUCACAGAAGUACUGAGAUAGCUAGUGUGAGAAAGCGAAGAGAAGACGAGGAGUUGAAGGGCAGAACUGAUCAACCUCGGGGAACAUGGGAGGAAGUAUAUAGAAGUGCCAAAAGAGCUGAUCGGUCUAGGAACGAUUUGCACGAAAGGGAUGAAGGGGAGCUUGAAAGAACUGGUCAACCAUUGUGCAUUUAUGAGCCUUAUUUUGGAGAAGGGACCUGGCCCUUCUUGCAUAGUACAUCACUUUAUCGUGGCCUUGGACUUUCCAGCAAAGGGCGACGACCCGGUCAUGAUGAUAUUGAUGCUCCUUCUCGGCUUUCACUUCUAAAUAAUCCUUACUAUAGAGACGUUCUUGGUGACUAUGGAGCUUUUUUCGCUGUUGCUAACAGGAUUGAUAGGAUACACAAAAAUACCUGGAUAGGAUUUCAAUCUUGGAGAGCAACAGCAAGACAGCAAUCAUUGUCCAAGACUGCUGAAAAGUCACUACUUGAAGUUAUUGAAGCGCGAAGGCAUGGUGACACACUCUAUUUUUGGGCUCGUAUGGAUGUGGAUCCAAGGAACCCACUCAAACAAGAUUUCUGGUCAUUUUGUGAUGCUCUUAAUGCUGGAAAUUGCCAGUUUGCUUUCUCUGAGGUCCUCCAAAAAAUGUAUGGGUUAAAGCAGAAUUUGAGCUCUCUUCCUCCCAUGCCUGUGGAUGGCACAUGGUCUGUCAUGCACAGUUGGGUUUUGCCUACCAAGUCCUUUGUAGAAUUUGUAAUGUUUUCAAGGAUGUUUGUUGAUGCACUCGACUCUCAAUUUUACGAAGAUCACCAUCGAAGUGGCCAUUGUUAUCUUAGUUUGACCAAGGACAAACAUUGUUAUUCAAGAGUCAUUGAGAUGCUUGUAAAUGUUUGGGCAUACCAUAGUGCAAGAAGAAUGAUGUAUGUGGACCCACAGACAGGCUUGAUGGAGGAACAACAUAAACUAAAAAGCCGUAAAGGCAAAAUGUGGGUGAAAUGGUUCCAAUUUAACACUCUUAAGAGCAUGGACGAGGAACUGGCUGAGGAGGCAGAUUCUGACCGUCCAAAAAGGAGGUGGUUGUGGCCGUCAACUGGUGAAGUUUUCUGGCAAGGUAUCUAUGAGAAAGAAAAAAAUUUGAAAAACAAAGAGAAAGAGAAAAGGAGGCAACAGAGUAAGGAUAAAAUCAAAAGGAUUAAGAAUCGAACUCAUCAAAAAGCAUUAGGAAAAUAUGUCAGGCCUCCUCCUGAAGAUGUGGAAAAUUCAAACACAACGACAACAGCAACAGCAAGGCUUAUGAGGUAGCACUAGUCUACAGGUAGUCUGUCCAAAGUUAAAUAGUCUAAUUUGGUCAAUAUAUAUAUUUUUUCAAAAUCCCUACCAUUUUUUCAUUUUUGUUCAGAGGGAUGCUAUAGGUUUUUAUUACAGGUAUGAGAGGGUAUUGAGCAUAGAUGCAUCCUUCUGAUAUUGUUGCCAAGCAUGUAUCUUGUUAGUCUUUCUUUUCUACAUUUUUUGUCUUAAUUCUUUUCUGCAUCACAUUUUCUCUCCCAAGCCUUACUCAUUCAUAUAGGAGAAUGAGAAGGAUGGAUUUGUAAGCUAACAGUCACACGCUGAGCGUCAGCAAUUGUAUGUGUUGUAACUUAAGAAAACUCUCUAUACCUUUCUGCCAAGUGAAAUUACGUUGGUUACUCGA